GGUGAGGCGCGGGGUGUAGGUCACAUACAAGUUGUUUCGAGACUACGUUGCUAGGUUACCGAAAUGCGCUCGCCAAACCAGAUGAAAUGAAGACAUUAAGAUUUUGAUCAUUUUAUUUUAAGCAUUUUUAAACGCGAAAUUAAAUCUCAAGUUAUAAAUAAUAACAUAACUUAUUUGUUUGCAAAUUGAUCCUGCUUGUACUGAUGUACUGGUGUUCUUCCGCUGCAAUGUUUGUUGUCCCUGGUCGCCGAAAAGGAUUCUGGAAUAUGUAGGACAGAGAGUGACUCAGGUUAUCCUUUUCUUUUCUUUUUCUUUUUUAAACCGCCGUGUAUCAUCAGGAACACGUAUAUAAACUGGCUUGUCACAACCCGACGUCGAUCUAGUAAUGGACUCAGACGAGGGUUACAAUUAUGAAUACGACGACGAGGAAGAGGAGUGCAGCGAGGACAGCGCUGAAGAGGAAGCCGAGGACGACACCUUAGAGCUCGGCGACGUGGAGCUGGUCGAUCCCGUGGUAGCCGGCGGAGAGCGAGACGAGUGCGGAGAGAACGGCGGCAGCGGCCUCGGCCCGGGACAAGACGAGGAAGACUACCGCUUUGAAGUUCUCACUGCUGAGCAGAUCCUCCAGCAUAUGGUCGAGUGCAUCAGGGAGGUCAACGAGGUCAUUCAGAAUCCUGCAACAAUCACAAGAAUACUGCUUAGUCAUUUCAACUGGGACAAGGAAAAGCUUAUGGAAAGGUACUUUGAUGGUAACCUGGAUAAGCUGUUUUCUGAGUGUCAUGUCAUAAACCCCAGUAAAAAAUCCAGGACACGUCUCAUGAAUACACGAUCGUCAGCUCAGGAUAUGCCAUGUCAAAUCUGUUAUCUCAACUAUCCUAAUUCGUAUUUCACUGGUUUGGAAUGUGGACACAAGUUCUGCAUGCAGUGCUGGGGUGACUAUUUAACCACCAAAAUCAUUGAAGAAGGAAUGGGCCAGACCAUUUCCUGUCCUGCACAUAGUUGUGAUAUCCUGGUUGAUGACAACACAGUGAUGCGACUGAUAACAGAUUCGAAAGUGAAGUUGAAGUACCAACAUUUAAUAACCAAUAGUUUUGUAGAGUGCAAUCGACUGUUAAAAUGGUGUCCAGCUCCUGACUGCCAUCAUGUUGUUAAAGUCCAGUAUCCUGAUGCCAAACCUGUUCGCUGCAAGUGUGGCCGGCAAUUCUGCUUCAACUGUGGAGAGAACUGGCAUGACCCAGUCAAGUGUAAGUGGUUGAGAAAAUGGAUUAAAAAGUGUGACGACGACAGUGAAACGUCCAAUUGGAUUGCAGCAAACACUAAGGAAUGUCCUAAAUGCCAUGUUACCAUAGAGAAGGAUGGUGGCUGCAAUCACAUGGUGUGUCGGAAUCAGAACUGCAAAGCGGAGUUCUGCUGGGUCUGCUUAGGCCCGUGGGAACCCCAUGGAUCAGCCUGGUACAACUGCAAUCGCUAUAAUGAAGACGAUGCCAAGGCAGCUAGGGAUGCACAAGAGCGCUCCAGAGCAGCCUUGCAGAGGUACCUGUUUUACUGCAACCGCUACAUGAAUCACAUGCAGAGCCUGCGCUUUGAGCACAAGCUCUAUGCGCAGGUCAAGCAGAAGAUGGAGGAGAUGCAGCAGCAUAACAUGUCAUGGAUUGAGGUGCAGUUCCUGAAGAAGGCUGUGGAUGUGCUGUGUCAGUGCCGCUCCACGCUCAUGUUCACCUACGUCUUUGCCUUCUACCUCAAGAAGAACAACCAGUCCAUUAUUUUUGAGAACAACCAGGCAGAUUUAGAGAACGCCACAGAAGUUUUGUCUGGAUACCUAGAGCGAGACAUUUCCCAAGAUUCACUGCAGGAUAUCAAGCAGAAAGUACAAGACAAAUACAGAUACUGUGAGAGCCGGCGGAGAGUUCUGCUGCAGCACGUGCACGAAGGCUAUGAAAAAGACCUGUGGGAGUACAUAGAGGAUUGAGGCAGUGUCCUCCUACUCCUAGACUUUUGGAGAGUGCCUCCACCACCCAGAGAGCGCUGAUGCAACUGAACCGGGGCAGCACAAGCCUCAAGCCGCUGCCCUAUUCUCUCCCACCCUCCCUCCAUACCACCCACCUCUUUUAUUAACCCCCACCCACCCCACACCCCCUCGGAGGCUUUUCGGUUUUCAUACUGAAAGUAAACUAUAUUUAAAUGAAAGGAAUAUUCAGAAAUAAAAUAAUGAAUAAUGUGUACAGCAGUAUUGUUAAUGGUAAACAAGCUUGAAAACUGAAAUUCAAGAAAAGCGAGUGGAUGGUUUUAAAAAAAAAAAAAAAGAAAAAGAAAAAAUCUUGUCCAGGCUGGUGUUGUAACACUUCUUCCCCAUCUUCUAUUACUUUUUUAUGGAUAUUUUCAGUUCUUUUUUAUUUUCUUUUUGCCUAUAUUUGUGUGUGGGCAGUGGACUUUUUUCAUAAUGGCUUUAAUUGUCCUGGUCAUGUCCUCUUGCAUGGACAGGUCCAUGUCUGGGUUGCUGAAUGUUUGCUGAAAACAGAACAGAACAAAAAAAAAAAAAAAAUCAAAUUGGUAUUUUUCAAUUUGUACAUAAUGCAUAUGCAUGGGAGUAAAAGAGCAGGAGUGGCACGUGUUUGAAUACUUUUUAAAUUUAAGGAAAUAUUUAUUCUUUUCAAAUAUCAAGGAGAAAAAAGAUGUAUAUUUGCUGUGUAGAUUGAGUAUCUCUCUCUCCCGCCCUUGUUUGUCCCUCUUCCGAAGAGUUCCGGACGUUGGAUGCUUAACCCGAAACAGGAGUCCAAAUCUCUCCAUGUUUUUCACUCCGUCAAACCGGAGCAUGUUUGGAGACUGAAGAACUAACUCUGCCAAAAAGAAAAGAAAGAGGGGGGGGGGGGGGGGGGGAGCAGUAUGCCAAGGAGUUUAGUUUGCUGCAGGACUAAACUAACAAAAAAAAAAAAAAGCAGCAAAGAGAGCUCACUGUCCUGAAGAUCAUGAGACAUGGAACACAAUCGUUUUCACCACAAUUCUUAAGAGUUGGAGAGUUUUAAGACACAAUAGCUGUAGGAGUACAUGCCAGCCACAAAGAAUAAAUGAAUAUCGCACUUGACCGGGCUCUUCCUGGUUUGUGUAGUUUUCCCAAGUAAAAGGAUUUUGAACUGUGAUCUCAUUAUAAAGUGACAACUUUUGAGAGCCAAACUGAGUGACAUUCACUCAAGGUGACAUGCACACAAACACACUAUAUAUAAUGUUUGUGUGAAUGUAACUUUUUAUAUGCUCUGCACCUUUCUUUCUUUCUCUCUCUCGCUCUCUCUCACUCUGUUUCUUAAAGAUUCCUGUUCUUCCCAAAAAAUAUUUUCUUUGGUGCACUUGUGGGGCAGGUUUGAAGGCAAUGAUGUGUAUGAAUGGAGCUGUUCAGUUAAUAACGUUAGUGAACGCAAGUCGUCUGCAUUGAGCCAAUGUCAAGCACAUGUGUAUACUGAAGCGUGCAGGUCUGGUAGCCCAUCAUCUCUUCUUUUGCUGUGAAAUCUCAUGUGUUUUUAACCAUGUUUAGCUCAGGGGUCAUGUGUUUUAAAGAUUCUCAUUGUACAAGUGCUGAUUUCCCACCCCAAAAAAAACACCUUUUUUUUUUUUUUUUAACAACUUGUGCAGGUUUUUUUUUAUUAGUACUUGACCCUGAGACACCUUUAAACACAUGAGGACGUGUGUCACUUGGAAUGAGUUUUAUCAAGAGCUUUAGUAGUUUGGUAGCGGAGCAUUCUUUUAGCAGAUAUGGUUGCACCGACAUGUCAUGGAUGGAGUUUGGGUUAAAACGUGAUAGGUUUAUGAUAAUGACAUGCCACAAUGUUGAUUUCUUUGAGUAUGGGAUAUGUGUGUGUGUGUGUGUGUGUGUGUGUGUGUGUGUGUGUGUGUGUGUGUGUGUGUGUGUGUGUAGCUGGUGGUCAGGCGGAGUGAGGCAGGGCAUCUGAGUACACGGCACCAGUGCAGGUGAGCUCACUUUCAGUGAUCAGCUGGAAAUGGUCUGGACAGAAGGGGAACACAUUUACAAAAUGUUAUUAAAACUGUCUUAAAAAAGGCAUCCUCUAAUUGGGAGUGUGUUUCUGUGUCUCAUUCGAGCUCUCCUUCAGUGAGGUGUUUCAUGUGCAGCUGAAAUACACAGAUGGCUGAGAACCGUGAGGGGUCUUCCAUGUAAACGUUAAUUACUAAAAUGUUUAUCACUACAGAGUGGAUUUAACAAAGCUUUUCUCACUUCCUGUGGUUCCCUUCACACUUGGAAAUGUCCAAUGAUCUCAAGGAUGCUUCUUUCCAGCAGAUCACCACAGACAUUACUGCGUCUGUCAGACCUGUUGCUUCUUAAAGAUCUCCGCAUAUUCAGUCUCGUCUCAUCGUCCGCCAAGAUCCCAGUGUAAUAUUCACAGUAACAAAUUUAGCAGCUACUUUCAUCUGGUUCAGACAUCAAAAAAAAAAAGGAGAAAGUUUUAAUACUUUUCUACAUAUCUUUAUGCUAUUCAAAAUGUUUGGUUUCUUAUAUACAUAGUGUAAAAUGUGAAAGAAAUUAGUUGUCUGUUUUGGAGAAAAUGAAUAUUAAAGUGCAAAAUGUUGCAA